GCUCUUAAACCCAACAUAAAAAAAAAAAUUAUGUCAGCUGUCGAAGACAAACAAUUCACCAUUUUCACGUUGGGGUAACUUCUGCCUCGUCCAUAGUAGUGUGUGGAUGCCAUACAUCACUCAGAACAUUAAUAACACAUUCUUAUUGCCAUUGCAGUUCCAGGAAAUAUAUAGCAUUUUCUCUUCCACUGUUUGACAUUACAUUUGCAAGAACCACUUAAAAUCCCAAACAACAUUGAAAACAUUUUGAGAGGGAUCGAGUUAUAGCUCCUGGCCUCGCUAACAGACCACUGAAUCAACAUAACAAGGGUGACAACACAACAAGUGAAGUUAUUGGCAGAAGAAAUCUUUAAAGUAAACUGCACUUAUCCAUACUGCUUCAAGCAUGAAAACUCUGGAACCAAGACACUGGUAUCUUGAUGUUCAUAUGGAUUAUAGUCAUCAGGAUUUACCCUGCAAGAUGACAGUUGAUCUUGUACAAGUUGUCCUCCGAGCUGCUGUCGAUACUAUGUUUGGAGAGGUGUCAUCAAGCUUGCCAUUGGAUAUCCUAAAGUUUGAUUCCAAGUGUGGAAAAGUAAUUAUCAGAGUUCCUAGCAGCAAUUAUGCCAAAGUUCGAGCAGCUCUGACAGUCUGUCCAUCCAUGAGAGUGGCUGGUAAGGAUAUUCCAGUGGUAUACAGUGUUCAGCAAGCAUCAUCCUGUCUAUUAUCUUUAGCAGGACCACAAAGAGUGAUUGUUUGACAAGGUGAUCCUUGGACCACAGUAAGUAAUUGUACUUGGCAAUUUGUUAAUCUAAAUAUUAUAUGUGAAGAUCUUGACUGCUCUAAACAAAAACAGUCUAAAGUUAUCAAGAUAUUACUGUUUGAUGAUUUUUAUUGGAUAAUGGGACUUGUUCAGUAAUAGUUGCCUUAACUUACCUUCUCUAAACCAGUACGAAUUUUGAUUGUCACAUUCAUUUUUCAAUUUCAUUCUGAAAAAAUCAGAAAUGGCCAGAAUUUUGGCCCAAAUGGUAAAGAAUAAGGAAAAUAGAAAAAUAAUUUUCUUGCUUGGUUUGUGGACACAGUUUUGACCUUCAUCAUACAUACAUCUUUCCAGUGUUUAUUGGUACACCAUGUAAUAUGUGCUCAUUUUUUAGCAGUAUUUAGUUUUUUACUACCCAAUUUCUUUCAGUCCAGAACUGAUUGUUGCAUUUAUGGAUUUAGAGAAGGCAUAUGAUAGAGUGGAUAGAGAAGCAAUGUGAAAUGAAAAUGAAUGUAAUAUGUUGGUUACUAAAAGCAGUAGGCCAUAGGGAUGUGUAAUAUCACCAUGGUUGUUUAGCUUAUUUAUAGACUGGGCUGUAAAAGUGAAUGCUAGGGUGUCAGGAAAAGAUGUGGGAUUAAAAGACAAUGAAUUCGAUGCAAAGUGCUGGUAGUUGCCACAGUUGCUAUUUGCCUAUGACAGUUCUUUGGGGAGAUUUUGGAGACAAGUUGCAAAGAUAAAUUAAGUGUGAACAUAGAAAAGGGCAAGGUUAUGAGAAUAAAAUCUUAAGAUCAUGAAAGAGUGGAUAUCAGAUUGGAAAAGGAAGUAAAUGCAUUUAUACGUACUUGGGAGCGAACAUAUCAGCAGAUGGGUCCAUGAAAGGGGAGAUAAAUCAGAGAAUAGAUGAGGGUAAAAAGUAAGUUGUGUUGAGAUGUCUGAAAAGAAGUAUUUUUAUAGAGAUGAAAAGGGAGUGUACUAGAAUGUAGUAAUACCAAUUCUUUUUUGAAGGUGUGAGGCAUGGGCAUUAAACAUUACAGCAAGGAGGAAAUUAGAGGCACUAGAGAUGUAAUGUUUGAAAACAGUGUGCUAAAUGCAGAUUUUUCAUUUUCUUUUGUUCAAAUGGAAAUUCUGCUCACCUGGAAGAUUCCUGGAUCUCUUUAGUCUGGUUACAGUACCAAAUACAUAAUUGGUAUAUAAAGAAAUAUAGAAAAGCAAUAGUUUAUUAAAUUAAUUAAUAGUAAAAUGAUGAAGUUAAGUGGUAUUCAGUAUUUGUAGAAUUUGAUGUAAAAUACUAGAAAUAGGAUUUACAUAUGAACUUGAUCAAAGAUAACAUAGCAUGUGUUAUAUAAUAGGCAAGUUUACUUCUUCUCAAGAAUAAAGUCAGAAUUGAGCAUUAAAAACAAUAGAAAACAGACUGAGAUCAUUAUGAGUAGUGAAAGUGUAUGGGACAUUCAUGUUUCUCAAAUUACAACUUGCUUGAUACUUGCAUAUGGGCAAAAAUAUUUUGAAUACUGGGGAAGCAGUGAGUAGGAAUUGAAUAGAAUAAGUCAUUAAAGACUCCACUACAACAUAGCUUUAAACAUGGAAUAUUUACAAUAUAAAAUUUUCUUGUGUAAUGCCAAAUAAAAAAAUAUAAACUGUAUUGUACUGUAAAACUGUUACUUAAUGUUGUGGUAAAAAUUAAUGCACAUAUUUUUAAUAAAGUUUUCUUUUAAA